CAUGAUGUGGUAGAUAAUGGAUCUUAUCAGCUCUCUCUAACUCUACAACUGGUUCUAUAAUACCCAGCUCUAACUGUUCUUUAAUUACUCUAUCAUACUCUUGUAAAACUUCUGGCUCCUUCUUUAAUCUUAAAAGCUGUCCCUUUAAUCUCUGCACACUACAGCUAUAAUUAGUUGGCAAUAAACUAUGCCCUUCCUUCCAAGGUAAACUUACACUAUAUCGUUGGCCAUUGAAAUGUAGUGAAUCAUUUAAUAACUCACUAGCUUCCUCUUCAUGCUUUAUACCUAACGUUUCAUAAUCCCAUAAUUUUUCAACACAUGCUUGAAGGGACCUAUUCUUAGAUUUAGUUACAUGCCCAAUAAGGUUUACACUUACCUGUGCACACGAUGUAGGACCAUCAUCAUCUUCAGAGCCACUCUUCAGUGGACCUGACAACACCCAUCCUAAUUUGGUUUGUACCGCAACAGGUUCAUCACUCUUGCCCCUAACCGUACGCCCUUCUUGAAAUAACCACAAAUAAUCUGCGCCAAUUAGUAACUCUAUUUCUAACACAUUCUUGGUCUUACAAACAUCGGAAAACCAUAACCCUUGCAAAUGUGGGUAAUCUUUCUUCCUUGUCUCUACAUGCUCAUUCCUAAUCUGUGAAAUGCUGUCUACUCCAUAAACUUCAAUGCUAACACUCUCUCCCCCCUGUACUGGGGCUACACUCAAUUCAAACACUUCUCUCAACUUCCCUUCAACUUUCUCCUGUCCGAACGUUCUAAUUUCUACCCAUUCCUUCCUCUUUACUGGCACUCCUGCCUUCUGAGCUACCUUGCCCGUAACGAAUGACCGUUGACUUCCUGAGUCAAACAUAACCCGCACUCUCACAUUAUCCUUUCCUCCCAACACCAAAGCCUGAGCUGUCUGCAAUGCUACUCUAUUUGCUGACCCAACGCACGAAUGUGUGGAAUGAACGACGUCAGCGGUUAUAGACCCAUUAGCAUGGCUCUCACAAAUAGAACUAUGAUGUCGUUUACUGCAUGCACUACAUUUACUGGUAUUUAAACAAUUACUACUAAUAUGUCCUCUUUUUAAACAUACAAAACACCGUCCGUACUUACGAAGUAUCUGUUUACGCUCACCAGCAUUCUGAAUUUUCUUACAAUCUUGUGAUAAAUGUUCUUGUAAACAAUAUACGCAUCUUGGCUUCCCUUCCCUGGUGGUAUGAUUCACAAGAGCAGCCGCCGAUCCAUCUAGAAACUGUGGUUUCCUUCGUUCUUGUUUUGACGUGUUCGUCGUAGAUGAUUCGUGUGCUUCGCGUAAUUCAAUUUCAUCUAGCAGUGCUUUUAAAAUAUCCUUCAUCGUCCAACUUAGAAAGUCUGAUCCACUUGCCCCACGAGUUAUCGUCAAACGAAGGGAUCCGGCAUUGUCGAGUAUUUCCGGAACAACAAUCGUAGCAUACGAACUUUCGUCCACUCCCAGGGUUUUCAGACCUCGGCAGUUUGUCUCACAGGCAUGGUACAAUUCCCGUAGUCGACGCACAUCUCGCUCGUUGUAUACUGGCUUUAUGUUCAUUAACGCUUGAAUAUGAGCUCUCUGUAUCGCCAUUUUCUUCCCAUAUCGUGUCUUCAGGAGUUCUAAUGCUUCUUUAUAGUUCGUUGCUGUCAACGUGAACCCUGCGAUAGUUGUCUGCGCGGGACCAGUAGACCUUUCAAAUACGCGAAUUUAUCUACCUCUGAUAGAGCGUCAUUCUGAUUUACAGAACUAUCAAAGGAGUCCCAAAAUUCUUGCCACUCUUGAAUUUUCCCAUUAAAUCUUUUCACCUCUAACUUUGGGAGCUUUGCGCGAACAGUCUGUUUUGGUGUAGCGUUCAUACUCAGAUUCGAUGGUGUACUUUGACCUUGUGGUAGUGACGGCAAGGCUUCGAACAAUGCGUCAUUCACGUCGAGAAUUAUUUUUUGUAAUUCAGCUCGCGUAUCAUCUGUCUCCUGAAUUUCCUUUUCCAGCUGUUGUUCUGCGUCUUCGGCUUCACUAUUACUUAGUACCUCGACAAUCUCGUUAUCUAAAAGUUUCAAGGCUUCGACUUUCUCGCUCAGCGUAUCUCUCAGCUGUUUCAGCACAUUCUUGUCCGUUUGAGGCGUUUCACUCGUAUUCGCUAAACAUUCUUUUAUCUUCGUCCCUAUCUUCGUUGCUGAACCUCUGUGCGCUGCGCGUGUUCUUCUUUUCUUUGUCAGCUCGUCCAACGGCAUUUUCGUAUCUAUCUCGAUUCUUUCUUUCGAAAUCUAUCCGGCUCGCAUGGACCAAGUGUUGCACUUUUCUGUCUUACACCGCAAGACAGUUGCGCUUCGUGGGGACUGUAUACUAUCAGAACAAUACCAUCGGAAAUAGAACACACACGCGUACUUUAAAACAUAUUUAUUUAAAACGAUUCAAACGAUAAAAUACAUAACAUGACAAUCCUUCUGGUUUUCUCUCGUGCUUUCAGUCAGACAAUCAAUUCAAAGUCUAAUAUUUAUGACAUACGAUACAUUUCUUACGUCAAUCAACUAAAUCACCCAUUGUUUGUUAUCCUACGUCGUUAUCAAUAAUAUAGUAUUACAAAUUAUUCUACAGUAAGAUUUGAAUAAAAUGUUACUGCACUGAACAUUGAUUUCAUCAUUCUUAUAUCUUUCCUUUACAUCUAGUCAUUCCCGCUGGUAUUCUGCAAGAACCGUUCUUUUACUCCGGAUCAAUUCCAAAGUAAUGACAAAAUUUCUUGUUUUAAUUCCAAAUUAAUAUAUAAUCUCUUUUCAGAGAUUGUAUCUAAAAUUAUAUCUCUUUUCAGAGCUCUGAGUUACGGCGCAAUUGGUCAUGUUCUAGGACACGAAUUGACUCAUGGAUUUGAUGACACAGGUACAUCAUUAUGUAAUAUUUAUUUCAUUUUUUCAAAUAUUUGUGAUCGUUUUAAUAUUCCGUCUCUUAUAGGAAGAACAUUUAAUUUGAUUGGAAAAAAAGUUCUAUUCAAAGAGACGGGAUGGAGUAACGUUUCUGAUCGAAAUUUCAAAAAGGAAGAGAAGUGCUUGGUGAAGCAGUUCAACGGUUACAAAGUAUUGGGAAAAUUUCAUGUAGGUGGCAGAAUUAUUUAAUAAUUUGUAAUAGGCCUGCCACAAUGCUAAGAUAUGUCAAAACAAUGGGUGACUGGAUGGCAUGGAGCACAGCUGAAUUAUCAAAACUAUAAAAAGACAAUGGAACAUUCUGAUCAAUGGAUCGUGACUGGAUGACAUGAAAACCAUUGUUUUUCAUUGGAUUGUAACUGGAUGCUCAGGGCUCAUCAUUGUUUAGAAGUUUAUAUAUGCAGAUAAUGUACUGUUGUUUGCAAGCUACCAUUGGGCGUGCGUGUAUGUUUACAUUUCAAACGUUCAGAUUGGACCGAAAAUCGUUAACGUCUUAAAAGCAACCAAUCAACGUUUGCCAUGAUCUUAUCAAAGUUUCACAUGGUCACCGUUGACUGAACCUGAACUUUUGAAACGUAAACGUACAUGAAAAGAAACGCACGAUUAAUGAUAACUUGGAAACAGCUGCAGUAUCUCUCUUUCUGUAUAGGUCAAUGGUAAGAUGACAUUAGGAGAAAAUAUUGCCGAUGCAGGAGGUUUAACGUUAGCCUUCAAUGUAAGUGAAUAUACUACAGUGAUAUACUACAUACUUUGGGUAUGUACUACCAUUUCAUUCCUUACCAUUCAAUAGCUUACGAAUCUAUACCGCACCGCACAACACACCACACCACAAUCCAACCGUACCCAACCCAACACAACAACACAACACAGCACAAUGCAAUGCAAUGCAAUGCAAUGCAAUGCAAUGCAAUGCAAUGCAAUGCAAUGCAAUGCAAUACAAAAGUGCAUAUUAUCUUUUUUAGGCUUACAAACGAUGGAUUAACGACCACGGAGAAGAGAAGGUGUUACCAUGUUUAGAUAAAAACAGUGAUGAAUUAUUUUUCAUCGGUUUUGCACAGGUACAGAAGAAUUAUUUCUGAUUUUAUAACUGACCAAUGAUUCUGUCAUAUACGAGCCUAUCCUUCGUAAUGGUCGUGCAGUGUUUGAUAGAGUCAAACUCAUGGAAGCAAUCUUCUUGCAUGCAACUGCAGUAAUUGAACCUAAUGCAACCACAGAGGUAAAAGCCACAUGCGCUAGCCACUCUGUUAAUUGAAUUUCCUAUUAAAUCUAAUUCCCCAAAUUUCCUCCAUUUGAUAGAAAGAUUGUGCGAAUACUUCUCCAGCUGGUCAGUUUAUGGCUGUGCAAGACGAUGAUUACGCGCCUGCUAAGUACAGGUAG